UGACACAAACAAGGCAGCAGCAACAACAACAACUGCAACAACAACUGCAACAAACGGCGACCCAGGAGCCGAAUUAGUGGAUCAGGGCCAUUUAAGCGAGAUCUUGGUGCUGAGUGACACUCAAAUCGAUGGCCAGGCCGCGACGGCGGCGCCGCUAGCAGUGGCCAUCGACAUGGACAACAUGAACACGGACAUGGACACGGACACGGCCAACAACAACAGCAACAACAACGACAUGAACGAGGCCAGAGCGGGCCACACAGCGCCAAUAGCGCGCGACGAGUUUGUUGAGGAGCUGCAAGAGGCUGAGGAGGAGGCGCAACUGGAGACGAUGCAGCCGCAGCAGCAGCCGGAGCAGGCGGAGCAGCUGUCGGCGCUGGCCAAACCAAAUGCUAAUUAUGUGUGCUGUCAAUGCCCAACAACAACAACAACAACAACAGCAACAACUGUGAACCGCAGCAAGUCGCGGGUACGCAGCUAUCUGAAGAAAUGCAAGCAACGCCUAACGGGUCAGCAGAGCAGACCAGCAACAACAUCAACAACAACAGCAACAGCAACAACUGCAACAACAACAAUUACAAUGAUCAAGAACGAAGGAACAGCACCCACAAUAGUGCAGAUAGAGUGCGAGGAGCAGGCUGCUAAAAGGAAAGAAGAGAAGGAGCAAGAGCAGGAGGAGGGGGAGGAGGAGGAGGAGGACUCCAGCUGUGGCAGCAGAGAUUCAGCCAGCGCAUAUAUCGACUGCAUGCCGCUCGACUUGAGUCUGCGUCGAGCGCCAGCCGCGCCGCAGGAGUCCAGCAGCGAUGCCAACAGCAGCGACUGCGAAACCGACGAGGAGCCGAGGGUGGCACAGCAGCAGCAAGAGGUGCAGGAGGUGCAGGAGGAGCAGGUAACCUAUGCCAAAGGCAACAACAGCAACAACAAUUGUUAG